GACGGUUGCUACGGCCGCAGCCUCCGUAAGCGUCGCGACGUCUCUCGUUGCUCCAGUUCGCCUGCUCCCGUCGCACACAAAGAACGUACGGUUGCCGCUCCGCAGGCGCCGAAGCUCUUUUGCCUCAUUCCUCGCUGUCACUGGGGAUACUCGCGCGCGUUUUAAGGGGCAUCCGGACUCAUCGUUUCCCGCGGAUUUACUUGGGCAAGUGACAGGGAAUGGUGAGGGGGGCCACGUAGUCUGGACCAAAUCCGGCGAGAUGUCAAGGUGUUACGCGGGUGGACAACGGCGCGAAUCGGGAUGCUGUAUGGACCGGCAGUAAUACCUCAUAUGUACCUGUCAGUGCAUUCUUUAUCUCAGUACGCGUCAGCAUCCCUAUGGGCCGCUCCCGCAUCCGGAUACAAUGAGCCGCGUCUCGUUCGUUCGCUCCUCUAAAAUAAUGUCAAUGACAUCGUUAAAAAACGCAAAAAUUCCCUAGUUCCAGCCCCGUAAGGCGACGCCAGUUCUGAAUCGACGCUACGGCCGAAUAGAGCGAACUCGUGCGUAAUAGAACGACAGUGAAUCAUCCCCUGGAGUGUUUCCAUUGUCCUUCGCUGUGACAUGUUCGUCAACCGUGUUGCCGUUGAUCGACAAUAUACGAUAAUACCAAUACUGUCUAUCCAGUAGCGAAGCCAUUAGUAAUCCAAGACAGAAGAGACUGAAGCGAAACAAAAAUAAAAGGGGAAAAAAAAAAGAUUUCGCAACGUAAGACUGCAUAAAAAAAGAAGAUUCACGUAAGCGCAGAUAACUGCAGCUUUCUGCUAUAUUUAUUGUGUCCCAAGGGGAGAAGUUCGUUCAAGAACAAAAAAAGACACACGGGAAUCGACGAGGUGGAAGAAAAGCUGUGAAAAACCUACUGCAGGCAGAAAUACACUUUGUACUUUCAACGCAUUCUUCUUGAUCCUACACGUAAGACACAAGCGAGGAAGUUGGUGGACAGUGAAGAUAGAAGGCAAGGAGAGAAAGCAGAGCGUUGGAGGAUUGUGAGUGAAGAUUGAAGAAAUAGAAUAAGAGAAAGCGGCCGGGGGGGGGAGUCUCUCUUGGCCGGAAGUGGAAGGCAGUGAUGUACGGGGCGUGAAGAGAGAACCAUAGGCCCCCUUCGCUGGGACUAGGAGGUGGUACUGGGCUGGACCGCAACCGGAGAUGGCUGCGAGGUGCCUCCUGCUGGCGCUCCUCGCCGCCCACGCUGCUGCUCUUCCUGAUAUAAUUAGAAUAGGAGGUCUGUUUCAUCCGACCGACGACAAACAGGAGGUGGCUUUUCGCUAUGCUGUGGAAAAGAUCAACGCAAACAGGGCGAUUCUACCCCAAUCCCGUCUCAGCGCCCAGAUUGAGCAAAUAUCACCGCAGGACAGUUUUCACGCCUCCAAACGCGUAUGCCACUUACUCAAGACUGGGGUAGCCGCGAUUUUCGGCCCGCAGAGUGCGCACACGGCCUCCCACGUGCAGAGCAUCUGCGACACCAUGGAAAUACCACACUUGGAGACACGCUGGGACUAUCGACUCAGACGGGAGAGCUGUCUUGUCAAUCUUUACCCACAUCCUACAACGUUAUCCAAGGCGUACGUCGAUCUCGUGAAGGCAUGGGACUGGAAAAGUUUCACCAUCAUUUACGAGAACAACGAAGGCCUGGUGCGUCUUCAGGAACUGUUGAAAGCUCAUGGACCCAGCGAAUUUCCAAUAGCCGUAAGACAGCUGGGCGAAGGAUCCGACUAUCGACCGUUGCUUAAGCAGAUCAAGAAUUCAGCCGAAUCUCAUAUUGUUCUGGACUGCUCGACCGACCGCAUUUACGACGUAUUGAAGCAGGCGCAACAAAUUGGAAUGAUGAGUGAUUAUCACAGCUAUCUUAUCACUUCAUUGGACCUACAUAGCGUUGACCUGGAAGAAUUCAAGUACGGCGGGACCAAUAUCACCGCCUUCCGAUUGGUCGACUCCGAGAAGCCGGAGAUUCAAACGGUCGUCCGUGAUUGGAUCUACGGGGAGCAACGUUACGGCCGCAAGCUCGACAUGGGUCAAAGCACCAACAAGGACAAUCUCACGUUCAUAAAGACCGAAACCGCUCUCAUGUACGACGCAGUGCAUCUCUUUGUCAAAGCACUGCACGAUCUGGACAAAUCCCAAUUAAUUGACAUAAAACCAUUGUCAUGCGAGUCCGUCGAUACAUGGCCCCAUGGAUACUCCCUUAUAAAUUACAUGAAAAUCGCUGAGAUGCGUGGACUCACCGGGGUCAUAAAGUUCGAUCAUCAAGGCUUUCGCUCAGACUUCGUACUCGACAUCAUCGAGUUAAACAGCAAGGAGGGACUUAAGAAAAUUGGCACGUGGAACAGCACGAACGGCGUCAAUUUCACGAGGACCUAUGGCGACGCUUAUACACAAAUAGUGGAAAGUCUUCAGAACAAGACGUUUAUCGUGACUACGAUACUUAGUUCGCCGUACUGCAUGCGGAAGGACUCCAGCGAGAAGCUCGUUGGAAAUGCCCAAUUCGAAGGAUACAGUAUCGACCUUAUACACGAGAUAUCACGGCUCCUUGGAUUUAAUUAUACCUUCCGGCUGGUGCCCGAUGGACGAUACGGAUCGAUUAAUAGGGAGACAAAGGAAUGGGAUGGAAUGAUAAAGGAGCUUCUCGAUCAGAAAGCCGAUAUGGCCAUUGCCGACCUUACCAUCACCUACGAUCGAGAACAAGCGGUAGACUUCACGAUGCCCUUCAUGAAUCUCGGUAUCCGUAUACUAUAUCGCAAGCCCAUAAAGCAGCCACCGAAUCUCUUCUCGUUUCUCAGUCCUCUCAGUCUCGACGUGUGGAUCUACAUGGCCACGGCUUAUCUCGGAGUCUCGGUUUUACUCUUCAUAUUAGCCAGGUUCAGCCCUUACGAGUGGGAGAAUCCCCAUCCGUGCAACGCGCAGUCCGAGGUCCUCGAGAACGAGUUUACCCUCCUGAACUCGCUCUGGUUCACCAUAGGCUCGCUCAUGCAGCAAGGCUCUGAUAUAGCACCGAAGGCUGUUUCCACGCGGAUGGUCGCCGGCAUGUGGUGGUUCUUCACCUUGAUAAUGAUCUCAUCGUACACUGCAAAUCUGGCCGCCUUUCUCACGGUCGAAAGAAUGGAUUCGCCGAUUGAGAGCGCCGAGGAUUUGGCCAAACAGACGAAAAUAAAAUACGGUGCAUUAAAAGGUGGCAGCACUGCGGCUUUCUUCAGGGAUUCGAAUUUCUCGACGUACCAGCGCAUGUGGUCUUUCAUGGAGUCAGCGAGACCGUCCGUGUUCACGUCUAGCAACGUUGAGGGCGUGGAGAGAGUGGUCAAGGGAAAGGGCAACUACGCAUUCCUAAUGGAAUCCACUUCGAUCGAAUACGUAAUUGAGAGAAACUGCGAACUCACUCAAGUUGGCGGAUACUUAGAUUCCAAGGGUUACGGAAUUGCUAUGCCACCCAAUUCGCCAUACCGAACAGCCAUAAGCGGAGCCAUCCUAAAACUUCAAGAAGAGGGAAAACUUCAUGUACUGAAAACAAGGUGGUGGAAAGAAAAACGCGGCGGCGGUUCCUGUAGGUCCUCCUUACAGGACGACACCUCCAAGAGCAGUUCAGCAGCGAAUGAACUCGGCCUUGCGAACGUUGGCGGCGUCUUCGUCGUCCUCAUGGGUGGGAUGGGUGUCGCUUGCGUAAUAGCCGUCUGCGAAUUCGUCUGGAAGAGUCGAAAAGUCGCCGUCGAAGAGCGGGAGAAAUCACUGUGUUCAGAGAUGGCAAGUGAAUUACGAUAUGCCCUGGAUUGUGGAAAUGGCAGUCAAAAGCCAACGAAAAAUGGUCUCCGAGAUUGUCAAAGACGACAUUCGAACGUGCCAACAGUUUCUGAGCAGGGUAGCUACCCCGUCUGUAAGAAAUAUACUCACUUCAUAGGGAAACCGCCUCUUACAUAGAUGCGAGAAAUUAUGAACAGACGAAGAACUCGGAAUAAGAAAUAAGGUUUAAUUUUAAAUGUGACAAUGAAUCCAUCGAAGGAUUUCAAAAGUUAACGAAAAGUUUUCUACUUACGCCCGUUUCUUUUUUUUCAACUGUGAAUUGUACCUACCCCUCGAGAUUAUUUCUUAGUGUACUGUUACACAUAAAUGAAGAAUAUGACAUAAAGCGUGAAAAUAACAAAAAAAAAAUAGUUGUGAAGUGUAUAUAAGAAACGACUGUGAGUGCAAAAAUGAUCGAAUUUUCUAAACUAUUUACUUAUCGACAUUACCUAAUACCGUGUGAAUAAAUCAAAAAUAUCGAGAAGGAACUAGUACAGAGCCACUUUAAAGCUUCAUUGCUUAACACCAGCUAAGUAUAAUGAGCAAUUAGAUGAUUAUGAAAAUAUUUGAUAAAUAUGUACUAUUCGUUCACCCGUCUCACCUGUACAAUAUUGUUUCAAAUAAAUACAUUAAUCAUAUUCCUUAAAAAAAUAAUUUGAAUAUGAUGAUACUCCUUGAAAAUGCUCAAUUUUUCAUGCAUGAUUUGGAUUUAUUUAACGCGUUACACGCAUUCACCGAAAAACUGAUUCUCAUUAUUGUAGUUCCUUCUUGAUGCAAUAAAUCGAAAUGCUGUAGUGAGUAUCAAAAGUGGAAUAAUUAAAAGUUUUAAAUGCUAGGACCGGCUGGCUUGACUUGGCUUUUAUUUUUCAUUGCAACUUUCAAAAGUAUCUGCCAACAAACAGUGUAGAACUAUUAAUUAUCGCAUUUGGAAAUAGCGAUUGGAUCAAGUCAGGAUAGGCGGUACGCGCACCCGCAUAAUUAGCGUAGAACGAAAUAACGUCCAACAGAUCAAAGUUAAUUGUAAGUAUCUAAACGUAACGAGGGAUUUCUAAAUGGGCUGAUAUUGUUUUUAAUUUUAGAGCAUUAUCGGUGUGUCGUAGUUAAAUACAGUAGGGGUCUUUCUUAUUUUCAAAUACAUAGCGCUUUCGUGCUCGUACGAUGAUAGGCUCCAUAGCUGAUAAUGGGGAUAAUCCUAAUGUCCCAAUCCGCAAGAGACACGAACGAUUCGAGGGAAAGCGUUCACUUAUCGAGCACACACUUAACGGGAGUUUACUAUAUGUAUACAUUUUAUAUCUCUUUAAUCUGUACUAUACAAAGUGUACCUCAGUAUCUGAAGCGAAAGUGAACUUUGGUCGAUGCGAAAAAAAUCAUCGAUACAGGGUUUAUUAUAAGUCACAAUUUUAUGGACUAUUAGCUUGAUUUCGAAAUUGAAUGAAUGCAGAAUUUCGCACGGCUGAACGACCUCGGCUCGACGACUUACGAGACACCAUGUAGAAUAAAUCAAUGGCGCUAAACAUCAUUUGCAAAAUUCGCAUGCUUAUGUUCGUAAUUGUAAAAAAUGUAACAAUCGAACAGUAUUAAUGUUUGUCUUCCGUUACACAUGAAUACUAAAUGGUACGUCCUUAAUAUACAUUUAUAUUUAAUUAUGAACAAAGUGAAAUAUUUCGGAAAAAGAAUUUUUUUUCCCUAAUUCUGUAAUUUUUAAGUGAGACUAUUAUGGCUACUUUAUUUUAUUUUAAUAAGUCAUUUAAUCGAGGCAAAAAGUUUGCGAUGUAAAUUUAAUUAAUUUAACUAAUUGAGUUCAUUAUGAAUUCUGUCGUGGGACCAUUUCGGGUGAUUUCAUUCUCUUCCGAUAAUGUUACUCCCGUAUGUACUGUAAUUCGCUGAUUAAACGAUUAGUUAUUUUGCAUAAUUUAGUUACUCGGUCAACUAUAUUUAAUAUUGAAAUUGUAACGAGUCAUAUGCAGGUGAACAAAUAAGUUUUUAGCUUUCCUUUUUUCAUUCUCGCUGAUUCUCUCAUUUUGCUAUCAUUCUGUUUAAUCUGCGAUACACAUAUUUGUAAAUAUCGACUGCAUUAUUAGAUACAUUGUUAAAACGUCAAAUGAAUUUGUUGAAAGCCUGAUAAAUAUAAUUCUUAAUUAUAAUAUAGUCGGUCCACGAGUAAAAUAGCAUAAAGUGAUAUAUCGAAAAAUACAAAAUUACUUUCAUGUGUCGCAUUAAGCUAUUUUACUCAUGGACCGACUAUACAUGACUAUAUUAUGUGCAAGGUACUAACCAUUAAUAAACUAUUCGUCUGUAUAUAUUACAAUAGUA